AUGUUUGCACGGUUCUUCUGGAGUACAAAGGAGGAGGGGAGAAGCAGGCACUGGGCAUCUUGGCAGAAUUUGUGUCUUCCAAAGGAGGAAGGUAGGCUAGGUGGGCUAGGUUUCAGAUCCUUAUUUGAUGUGUCCAAGUCACUGUUUGCAAAACUAUGGUGGAGAUUUAGGACCACAAAAUCAUUGUGGUCAAAUUUCAUGUGGAACAAGUAUUUCAAAAAGAAAAUUCCUAAAACUGUACAGUUUAGGGGAGGAUCACAUAUUUGGAGCCAAAUGCUGAAUGCUAGACAAGAAGUGGAGCAUGAGAUUUGGUGGGAGAUGAAGGAUGGAACUACUAAUAUUUUGCAUGAAAAUUGGACAGGACUAAGAGCUUUAUAUCACUUUUUACCUCCAAAUUUUCACAUCAAUGAGGAGCUACAAGAAGUUGUUCAACUGAGGCAAGACAGUGGAUGGAAUGAGGAACUGAUUGAACAAAAGUUUUCUGAAGAUAUUGCUGAUCACAUCAAAUUUACUGUGGGUAGUGCAUGUCACCUUGUAAGACAUAGGGCAAAUGUUAAUCCUGAGAUUAGGAACAUGUGGGUAAAGGGUAUACCAGGUGGUAAAGGCAUGGUGGAAUUCUUCUUGAUGCCCGAAGUUGAAACCUUUGUAUCAAGCAACACCUGCAAUCAUAACCUGGGAGCUAUGGAAGAUGAGGAACACCAACAGGAAUGGAGGAGCAGUACUAGGUAUAACUGGUUGCCUCACAUGCCUCCUCUCUGGCCGGAUAUAAUCAGAUGCUUGGAGGGGUACAAGCCAAUUAUGGUGACUAAAAGAGUAACAUGGCAAGUUCCACACAAUGGCUGGUACAAGUGCAACACAGAUGAGGCCUCAAGGGGUAACCCUGGUCCUAGUUCUAUUGUGUUUUGUGUUAGAAACAGUGAAGAAAAUUUGGUGUAUGCUAGGGCAACUAACAUAGUAGCUGAGGCUAAGGCAAUCAGAGAUGGACUACAUUACUAUGUGAAACAUGACCUACAUCCUCUUAUUAUUGAGACCGAUUCACUUGUGAUGAGGAAGAUUAUAUAUAGAUGGGGAAUGGGAUCUUCCAUGGUGUGUAGUACACUUCAGUUUUAUUCUUUCUCUGAACUGCCUAGUGCAGAGAAGAGACUACUCAACCUUGACAAAUCACAAGUGCCUAAUCUUAGGGUUAGGAUAUCUAAACGGAAAGCAGUAGAUUGA